AUGCAUCCUGGCCCUUACUGCGCAUGUCAAUUUAUCGGUGUCUUCCGGUCGAAGCGCAAUACAGACUGCAGAGAUGUCUGCUUCAAUGAGUCUGCGUCUUCUCUACUGCUACGCCAAGCCAGGUACUUUUGGAAGUACUCUUGUACGUCCAUUCAGUGUCAGUGUGCAGCGCAGCGGCUUCAAGUACGUUAACGCUCAAGAGCAGGCCACAGACUUGAAGUCCAUCACUGACCGUGCUGCAACCACUCUCCUAUGGACAGAGCUCUUCAGAGGCUUAGGAAUGACCAUGAGUUACCUCUUCCGUGAACCCGCCACCAUCAACUACCCCUUUGAGAAGGGCCCCCUUUCACCUCGCUUCCGUGGUGAGCACGCCCUGCGUCGCUACCCUAGCGGGGAGGAGCGAUGCAUCGCUUGCAAGCUCUGUGAGGCCAUCUGCCCCGCUCAGGCCAUCACCAUUGAGGCGGAGACUCGAGCAGACGGCAGCAGGAGGACGACACGCUACGACAUUGACAUGACCAAGUGCAUCUACUGUGGAUUCUGCCAGGAAGCCUGUCCGGUGGAUGCCAUCGUUGAGGGUCCAAACUUUGAGUUCUCAACAGAAACACACGAGGAGCUGCUGUACAACAAAGAGAAGCUACUCAACAACGGAGACCGGUGGGAGGCUGAGAUUGCGGCCAACAUCCAAGCGGACUACCUGUACAGAUAAGACCCAUCGGUCUAAGCUUGUCUGGACGUGGCCAGCAUGCAAAUCCAACGUCUGUUUGUAGCUUUACAAAUAGGAGUCAAAUCUUGACACCCCCAUGUUGGCUUUAUAGCUUAUAAAGCCUCUGCACACGCUGUGGUUUUCUGUCAGCUACAUACAUAAGUUAUUGUUUCACAGCCAAGGCUUGUAUUUGUGUUUUCCCUUACGCUACAAAAAUCUUGACAAUAAAUAAGGUUUUUAAAAUGUGAGUAUUGUGUCCUAUGAUUGACUGGUGUACGAGUAUCUGGACUGGAGAGAACCCAUACUGCAUCUUCAUGGUGAAGGGAUCCCUCGAAAGGCAUGCAAUCAUAUUUCGUGGCUGCAAGUUCAGUCAAGAUGGUUGUACUGUGGAGUCCAAUGAUACAUCGC